GAGAAGCCUCCUAAUCCCUCGACGUUCAAUCCUCCUUGCCGGAUAAUAUGCCACGUGUGCCAGAAGCAAUUUUCACAAUAUACUUGUCCUAGAUGCAACUCCCGUUAUUGCUCUCUUCAGUGCUACAAGUCCCAUAGUCUUCGAUGCACUGAGUCAUUCAUGAGAGAAAAUGUAGUUGACGAGCUGCAGCAAGCUCAGCCUGAUGAUAAAACAAAGCAAAAAAUGUUAGACAUACUAAAACGAUUUCAUUCAGAAGAGAAAAUGGAUAGUAUGGAUGAGGAUGAUUCAACUCUCUCAGAGGAGAUCAUUCAAAAGGUUUUAUCCGGAGGUGAAGUUAGUUUUGAUGAUUUAUCUGCAGAAGAGAGGAAAAGUUUCCAAAGAGCCUUGGCAUCUGGAGAACUGAGUAGAAUGAUUGAACCAUGGGAACCUUGGUGGUUGAAGCCCUCUGCUGGAGUAAUUGUCCUCAGCAAGGAAGGAACACAACUUGUUCAAUCUCUUGCUGAGCAGGAAACGCCAGUACCACCAAAAGAUGAUCAAGAAAGUAACCUGUCAAGUGGAAUUCCUCCCGGACCUAAAACCCCACUGCCCCCAGUUAGCAAGCUUUGUACUGCAAAGCCGUCUCCUUUCUUAGCAUUUCAUUUGUUGGAUAUUAUAUAUAGCUACUGUUUCACACUUCGCCUCUACAAUGGUGAUUGGCAGUCAGAUCCUACAGGAUCAGCAAUGGUGGUGCUCAGUGUUUCCUCUGUUUUGGUUCAAGGCGCGCAGCCGGAAUCAGUGUUGGAAGCUCUGUCUUACUGCUUGGAGCAAACUUGCUCUCCAGCUUACAGGCAUAUCGGUGGUGUACAACUUGGGUUGCUUCUGUUUGAUGAUGUCGUGAACCUCGUUUAUCUAGGAGGCUCUGCUUUAAUCUGCUUGCUAUGUGAUCUGGAGAGGCUGGUUCAGGCAGCGGCAGGGGAAUUGAAGUCAGAGAAGCCAAGAAGGUCAAGAGGGACAGAAAUGAAAAGUAAGCUCAAGCUUGCAGAGAGGAAAAUUUAUUUUACAAUGUGUUGGGUGCAUGAGCAGCCAGCAGGAACAUGGUCUACAUUAGCAGCUGUUGUUGAAGCAGAGAAAAGUUUGGUGAUGAAUUAUGGAGUUGGCAAAGGUUUUAAGGAAAUAGGCGAUGGAGCCAAAAACAAGGGCAAGGUUUUGAUUGAGGAGAUGGAAUGAGUACUGAUCUGCCUUUGGUUGUCUGACUGAGAAUGUUCUUGGUAAUGAAUUUGUUGUUUUUGCUUAUCAGAAAAAAAAAAGAAGAGAAAAGAAGGAUCUAGACCUGUAUCUUUUGCGGCAUAUAUUUCAAGUGAAAUUUUGUAGAUAUAAAGAAACUUUAUUUAUCAGCUGAAAGAAAUGAAGAGAUUAUUUUUAUGUGGCAA